AUGCAUCUUUUUUCCAUUCUCAUCUUCUUGCUCGCUAGCGCCGAAGGAGUUUUUGGUGGCAGCAGGUUUUGGGAGGCCAAAGCACCCAACAAACGUACAAACCCUCGCCCUGACUACUCGGCCAUCGAAACCAUCAACGCGACUUCGUCACUCAGCAAGCGCGCUUUUUCCAUUGAGAGCCGGCCAGGUCAAGCAGGUUUACCGCGCAUCUGGCCAAAAAAGACGAUCAGAUACUGCUUCGAAAACUCGCAGGGUCACGAUAAACUCGAGGGCCUCUUCAGAUCGGCUAUAGAACUGUGGGCUCAGCUUAACAGACAUGGCUUCAAGUACGAGCCAGUCUCAGAUGCAGAAUGCGAGUCUGAAGAGAAGCGCGACUCCGUAUUGCAUAUCCAUUACAACGACUACGGCAGGUUUUCCACGACGCUGGGCAUUCCCGUGGUCGACGCACAGGAGAUCGUGGAUAACCCUGCGACAGCCAUCCGUGGGCCGACCAUGCAUCUUUCUGACAAGGAAGGUGUCGGUCAAGAAAGUACCGAAGCCAAUAUUGCCCACGAGUUAGGUCACGCCUGGGGCCUUGCCCACGAGCACCAAAACCCGCAUCACUGGGAACAGAGCGACAUGCUGGGGCCCUCUUGGAACAUUCCUCUGCACAAUGACAAAGUGUACUUCGAGACAUCCGACUUCAAUUGUGAAAACCUCGAAGACCAUUACAAGAUUCACAAAUCAGUACAGGUUCUCAUUGAUACGGAAACAGACGAAGAAGAGCGGACAGUCUUGCAGGAUGAAUACAACAACCUUUGCGUGCGGCGCGUUAUUGCCAACAAAUAUGGUUUUAGCGCUGCUGAUUGGCUUCCCGUCGACAACACUGCGAACAUGUUUCGAGACGCGCAGUUUGACCCAGAUUCGAUCAUGUUGUAUCCUUCUCGCGCUGGCGGCGGCGACAAUUUCGAAAACCGACGUAUCAUCAUGAGAUACAAAAAGGACUCGAUCCCAGGCCUGGGAGACGAGCGACUCAUCCCGACUCGACAACGCCCCAGCAACAUGGAUGUCGAUCGCAUAGCCAUCCUCUAUGGCAACCCCGCGCCUUCCACCCUGGAGGUGCCGCACAAUUCAGGAUCAAGCGGGUUCCAUAGCAGACUCGAGGAGGCGAGGAGCAGCGGAGAAUUUUCCCGCGCCGGCGACACCAGAGAUAAUGCAUGUGGAUGA